AUGAAUCAAACGUUUUUCUCCUCUCUAGAGAACUACCAAGUGCACGCAGAACCGACCACAGAGGCUCGGUACCCGUGGAUCGCUCGCGUGGUGCACUCCAGGACACAAGACAUCCCCCACAUGUGCACAGCUGCCUGUAUUGAAGAGAGGAUCUUUAUAACGGCUGCUAGGUGCAUCUAUAACUUAAAAGUCCCUUACACGACGGUUCUGUACCUGUACUCACGGUUACCCGCCCAAGCAUUCGUGGUGCCUUCCAACGGUUCGAAACAGGCGUUCGAUGACAUCGGGUUCAUAGUCGUACAGGACGCCUACAAGGGAGUCUGGGCCACCAUAGCACUGUUUGAUAAAACCAAUAGGACGGAUGACGGGUUCAAGUGGUUCGCCGAUUUGAACCUUUCUUACGGACCAAUAGAGCACAAAGUUGUGGGAUAUGCCACUGAGAAGGGAAUCCACAGAAUAAAAGCAGCCGACCGAAAGUUUGACCUCAGCGAACUAAUAGUCAUCGUCAGCAUCAACAUAUGCAACACCAUUCUCACGUUCAACCACCAGAUAAAAGGCUUUCACGUGCCGUGCUACCACUCCUGCAACCUCCACCAGUUUCAGUACAACGACGACAAAUGCAAGAAGUACCACGGCGUGGAAGGAGGCGUGAUAUUUGAUACCAGAACUAACAAAUUAUUAGGCAUAGCAACAUGGGGCCCAUACUUUCGUAAGUACGAACUCCCAGUGGGCUUUGCCGUGCCGAACUCGGAGAAUUUCUUCGACGAUUACUCUUGCGCGAGACGGAUCCGAAACGACAACGGCGAGUUGGCUGGUAUCAGUUAUCAGAGCCUGUGUGAAAAUGCUUAAUAAACGCUG